AUGACCUUAGAAGAGAAGUGUGAACACUUAAUGAAUGUUGUUGUUGAGUCAAGAAAACGUUUUGGGAAAAUGUGUAUAGAGUACGAACAAAAGUCAUCGUUAAUGGAAAACAAAUUAUUAAAUCUCCAAUUAGAGACAAUAUCCAAUUAUAGGUUUAAAUCAAAAAGUACCUUACCAAAUAUUAAUGCUGAAGAUAUGGUUAAAAAUGUAGAUGAUUUUAAAGUCGAACUUUUAGAAGCACAAAAAAGAAUAGAUGACCUACAAAAUCGUAUAAAAGAUACUCAUAAAGUAGUAUUACAAUAUAAAUGUGAUAACAUUGGAAAGAAAUUGCUUAAACCAUUGAAUGCUGAAGCUAUGUUGGUGGCUGCUAAAAGUAAAAAAAUGUUGACUGAAAAAGAAGAA